UAAAUCAAAAUAGAACACAAAUAUUUCAUUUGUUUACCUGCCUGCAAAUGUGAUGCCUAAUUAUUAAAAUCUUUAUUUAAAAAUGUAUGGGGUACUCAUAACUCAAAUAAAACGUGUUCAUCAGUAGUUGUUUUUGUGUGUGUGAAUGUCCACAAAACUGGAAAACUAAGAUACUCCACCUAAUUUCUCAGGUAGCACAUUUCUUAGAAAAAGAAACUUGAACACACAACUUAAAAAACACACUUAAUUUGAAACAGGAUUGGAAUAACAUGAAUUAAAAACAAAACAAAACUCAUCCUGUAAUGUAAUUCGUUGUGUGGACAAUCCAGAAUCAUCAGUCAGUGAUUAAUUUCCCUCACUCUGCUCCACCUGAGCAUAAGCUCAUCCCCUUUUUCUUCUUUUAACUUCAUUCAGCCAGGGCAACUAGUCAAGCAGGCUUUUGUGCCUGCUCUCAGAAGUACUUGGAAAAGCGGAAGUAACAAUUCAGUUUUAGUUACAUUAACCAUCUUGAACAUCAGGGCCAUUACAUGAAUCAAAGACAAACCAACAAUGAAGCACGAUUGCAAAUGUGGCAGUCGAUGUCUGGGUCCGAUGACUUUCAAUAAGGACCUGACAGGCCAAUACGUGACCCUCAGACAAAAAGGACAACUCGCGUCCAGAGACACCUCGUCCUUUAUGAACGGUUUGGCAUUUCUCAGCCGCACUGUAGAGGUUGCUGAAAAGCUGUGUAUACGUAUUGAGAACCGCACCUCAUUGUGGGAUGGAGCUCUUCAUGUGGGUUUCACCAACAUCUGCCCACAGAAAAACGGUGUACCACCGGCCUCAGUACCAGACCUCAGGGACACACGAGGAUACUGUGUUGUGCCAGUACCUGAGGACUUGUGUAGGUGUGGUGUACAGCUUCAGUUCUGGAUAAACUAUGCAGGCAUGGUUAUUGUUCAAAAGAUAGGUGGGGAGAAAUAUUACCUCAAAGCAGAAAGACUGAACCUGAAUAAUCCGCUGUGGGUGUUCAUUGAUCUGUACGGGAGCACAAGCGCUGUCCGCCUUCUGAGAUCAAGGAGGGGCAGUCGAACAUCAUGCCCGGACCGUCCUGUAGACAGUACAUCUGGCAUCAACUUGCUAGCGAGAGCGGUUGAGCGACAAACAUCAGAGAUGAACACUCACACAUUAUCACGAUCACAUUCUCCUCCACCUGUUCCUGCACAACAGAGGCACCGGUUGACUUCAACAAGCAGUAUUCUUUCAGAUUUAAGCCCAAACUCUUCAAUGGAGGACAUGGACUUUAUCUCUUUGCUCAGAGAGUUUCAGCACAUGCAUCUCAGUGGCAGCGAGCACGUUUCAGUAUUGGUUUCUCGUAACAAGGUGCUGCAGAGUGCUAAAGAUUCUGUUUCCAACUCUAAUUUUCCUUGGACCAAAAUCCCUCUCGUGACAUUUCUUGGUGAGGAAGCCCUUGACUGUGGAGGUCCAAGGAGAGAGUUUUUCAGAAUCCUGAUGAUGGAGGUGCAGACAUCGCUGGGCAUCUUUGAGGGGCAGCCUGGACACCUUUUCUUCACCUAUGACCAGAUGGCACUGGAAGAACAUAAGUAUGAGUUGGCGGGGAAGCUGAUUGCGUGGUCUGUGGCUCAUGGUGGGCCAGGACUCAAAUCUCUUGACCCCUGCCUGUACCAGCUGAUGUGCACCCAGGAAUGUCAGCUGGUAGACUUUGACUGGCACCUAAUACCAGAUGCUGACAUUCAGGACAAACUACAAAAGAUUUCCUCAUGUAAAACGAGGGCAGAUCUCCAGAGGCUGCAGACAGAGCAGGGUGACUGGAUCUGUGAAUGUGGUUUCCCUGGAAUAUACAGACGUGAAACUUCCAUUAGAGAUGUGCCAAAGAUUUACUCCUUUGCAGUUCGACACUACAUAUAUCUGAGAACAUUAAAUAUGAUUCAUCAGUUCACAAAGGGACUGAAUGCUUAUGGACAGUUCUGGGAUAUGGUAAGAACUCAUUGGGUUGAGUUUCUACCCAUCUUUACCAACAUGCAUGAGCCCCUUUCAAGAGGCACAUUUAGAGACCUGUUCCAAAUCCACUGGAGUAAAUCGGGGACCAAGAAGAGGGAGGCAGAGGAGCAGACUAUACACUGUUGGGAACUGGUACUUAAGAUGAUUGAAGAUAAAAAACCAAAAGCUCCACACAACGAGUUGCAUUUUGAGGAGAUUUUGGCUUUCAUAACUGGAGCGGAUGAGGUCCCACCACUUGGGUUUUCCCAGAAGCCCAGCAUUCACUUCUAUCAACCAGAGCAGCGUGGAUGCCGUCUACCGUUUGCCAACACAUGCAUGAUGGGAUUGUUCCUGCCCAGGGUUGUAAAAGAUGAAGUGCAACUUUACAGGAUGAUCCUGAGGGCAAUUAGGGACUCAGCUGUUUUUGGGAGAACGUAAACAUAUAUAAUUAAUUAUUAUAAUGUUCACAGUCAUAUCCGUAAUUAAUUACAUUUAUAAGCUUAAUUUCAUUAUUUAAGAAGAAAGCACUU